AUGCAAUUACGAAUCGCCCACAUCGUGUACUAUACAGAUGCACAAGCGUUGAACGAUCCCAUUACACAGUACAUUGAAGGUCGGCUGGGGAACAGGAGGAUAUUCUGGUGUCCUAGCGGUUAUGGAUAUUUGGCAUAUUGUCCCCAGCCUACGGAUUGGGACAACUAUAACUGGUGUUGUACGUGGCCAUAUAUGGGCUCAUGGAAACCAUCCUGCUGUCCGUUUGCUAUACCAACCGGUGCAGUUGUAGCCAUCAUAAUUGCUGCAAUCGUUUUGUUGGCAGUUUUGAUCGCCCUGUCAUGUUGGUGCUGCUACUGUUGUCCAUUAUAUAAGCAGCUGUAUGAGUAUGAAGAAGAUUAG